AUGACUACACAGCAAUUUGGCACUUUGGAACCGUUCGAUGGAGUUGACUUUACGGAUUACAGUGAACGCUUGAAUACCUACUUCAUCGCACAUAACAUCGGUCAAGUUGCAGCUGACGCCAGCGAAGCAGCUAAACGAGAGGCAGACAAGAAAAAGGUCGCCGUUACAAUCUCCUUGAUCGGUAAAACCGCUUACAGUACGUUUAAAGAUCUCUGUCUUCCUGAUUUCCCCGCUGAUAAAACUUACGACCAGCUUACACAAAUUCUGAAAGACUACUACAAACCUAAGGUACUUGAAGUUGCCGAGACCUACCGCUUCCAUCACAUUGUACAAAGUGAAACUGAAAGCGUAGUGGAGUAUGUAAACAAGCUAAAACUCUUAGCUGUGAACUGCAAUUUUGGUCCUUACCUUACAAGAGCCCUCAGAGAUCAAUUUGUUGGGGGAGUGAGAAGUCAGACUACUAAAAAGAAACUACUUUCAGAAGAUAGGACAUUCGAUCAAGCUCUCAAGGUUGUUCAGGCCGAUGAACUGGCUGAGAAGGAAUCUAAGUUACUCUAGGGCAACUCCGAGACUUCCAGUGCUGGAAUUCUGCCUGUAAAUACUGUUCACAAGAAAUCUUUUCCUGCUCAAGAAAGCCAAAGGCAAACAGUUCCUAAGUCAAAAAUGGGAGGAAAGCAGUGUUUUCGGUGUGGCUCUCCACAACAUUUGGCUGACAAGUGCAGUCAUGUCGAAUCUACAUGUAAUUACUGUGGGAAAGCCUGGGCAUUUCGCUAA